AGCUGUGCACUCUGGUCCCACAGCCGGGCCAUGUGUGCAGCUGCACUCCCUGCCACCAACCGGCAGUUGCAGCCCCCAGCGCUCCAGGAAUGCCUUUCCCAAGGGCCUGCUGGCCAGGGAGGAGCCUGUGAGCCUGGGUUCCUGGGGGCCAACAUGCUGCUGACCAAAAAUGCGGUGUCGCUCCAAGGUACAACUAUCCAGGACUAUGCCCAGAACAAGCAUCAGCAGCACCUCUGCCAGGGGCCUGGUCAAUAUUUGCUUCCCAUGCAAGCGGUGCUGGCAUCAGGAAAUGCCAGGAAGGAAGAGAUCCAGAAUUCCUUCAAGUUCCUCAGACCUCAGAACAGGUUCGAGCCCAAAUUCAUGCUUUCUGAGAAGUGCAAGGGGAGUGGUGCACAAGGGCACCCCCUCUUCAACUUCCUGCAGGAGGCUCUUCCGGCCCCCAGUAAUGAUGCCACCGCUCAUGACCAGCCCCAAGUUCAUCACCUGGUUUCCAGUGUGAUGUAA